GCUCACGCAAUCGAUUGAUGACAAGAUCGCGCAAGACAACGAUCCACCCUGUAAUCCACACGAUACAAGAACGCGGCCAGUAGAUAUGAUUUUUUUCACAUUUUCGGCGAGAAGGCGAAAACAAUUACUGCCAGCAUGACCGAUCAUCUUGUGCUCGUCCAGACAGCGACGUCUACUGUAUCACUUUGACGAUUUAGUCCUUGUAUUUUGAUGAGACUUUUCCGGCUCUCACCCUUAGCAUGUAGGUACGCUCUACUUUCUUUUUUCCACCUAGACAGUCGUAGUGGUAGUACCCAUCAAAAAAAAUUUUCGAGGCCGACCUGUCGCUAGCUCGCUUCUAUAUCUCCAUUUCGUUCUUCUUAGCUCAAGCUCAAGCUCGAGCGACACUCACUGACAAGGUUUCAGUCUCUACUUUCCAUCGAUGGAACUUCGACGCCAGCGCUACUAGUAGCACCCCAAGAACACUACCUUCCACGACAUAUCUUAAUCUUUCCAAUAGCGUAAUAAAACGAGAGCAAAAAUAAAAUGGCGCUGUACGCGGACAACAGUAACACUACCAAUUACAACAUAAAGCACACGCGACAAUGUUGCGUCUUUGUCGGGAACAUCAGUUACGAGUGCACCGAGGAGAAUCUGACGCAGAUUUUCCAUAUCAAAUGUAAAAAUGUCUGAGUCUGGAAGAGUCAUGCUGUUUUUGCAUGACACAGAAGGUCUGGCAUGGAAGCUCUAGCAUCACAGGUUUCGAGAACCUUCCGCAAUGCCGAAUCCGCAUGACAAGUCCCCUAUUUUGCUGGCAAAAAGUGGGAGCUUUUGCUACUUAUGCAUGAGAGACUUUUCUGUGUUCUGAAAUACGCAUUACAAGUUGCAUUCUUCCAGACCCAGACAUUUUUACAUUUGGUAUUCCAGCGCUGCGGGGCGGUGCACCAGUUCAAAAUUUUGAAAGAAAAAUAUGGCGUUCUCAACUGUUACAUUCUCAAGUGUUACAUGGAUUUGUCAUGCAAGAAUGGGAAAAGUGAAAGGGGGGAGGUUGCAUCUGUAGCAUUACAAAUUUCGAACAGAUUUGGGUGCUGUUUAGCCAUUCGCAAAUUUGUUAUGCGAAGCAGCUUGAUCGUGUGGAUCUUGAUGAUCAUUUUGCAUGACAAAUCAUGUAACAGUUGAGAAUGUAACGUUUGAGAACGCCAUAAAAAAGACGCCAAGACGCACAAGGGCUACGGGUUUUGCGAAUUCAAGGACCCAGAAAGUGCGGAGCUCUGCACCAGGACCAUGAACGGCGUGGAGUGCUAUGGGCGGCCCUUAAGAAUCGACACGGCCGACGUGGAUGUCAAGACGUUGGAAAUGCUCGGCGCCACGCGGCAGAGGGACUUCUUGGAACUGCAGUCACAAAUGGUCGGCGUGCAUGAGGUAGGAUUUAUGCAAAAUUUAUGCUGCAACAAAUACAAAAGUAUGUGUAUGCACUUCGAGUUUCUAUUGGUGCUGUUCGCAUGAAUUGGUCUUGUUCGUAAAUUCUUUACAAAAAAUUGUUGCAGCUGGUGCAUCUUCACUUUUGCAUUAGACCGAAUUAUCCGCACGUUGAAACCGAAAGACAAAAAAUGAACAAGGUGAAUUACCAAGCCGAGGUGUCCGGGUUGAUAUCGACCCUGGCGACUUCCGAAGUGUUUUCAGCGCUGGCCCACAUGCAGCGGCUGGUGAAGAACAACGCCGAGGAGGCGCGCGCAAUGCUGACCAAACACCCCGGGCUCGCGCACGCGAUGCUGCACGCCCAGUUUCUCGCCGGGAUGCAUUCGAAGCCCAUGCACUGCAUGACCAAGAAGGAGAUUGACCAGGCGAACUGGGAAAACCGCAUCUCCCCGGGUAGUAACGGGAAGAACGGACACACGGGCGGGUCGUACGCUAGCAACCACUACAACCAGCACGGGAUGAACCACAACAACCGAGGGGGAAUGAACAACAAUCGCGGGGGUGGAGGACACCAGCCGCACAGUACAACUAGCGGCGCAGCAGGAGCUGCGUAUGGCGACCGAGACCGAGAUCAUUACAAUCGAAAUCAGCAGAACUACAACAACAGUUCCUCAUCCGCCGGUGGAAUGAUGACGAGUAGAGACAGGCCAAACAACUACCCCUCCUCCUCCGGAAACCAACCCAUCAACUUCUCGGACAUCCAAAACCAGGAUCCGAGCGGCUACUCCGCCAGCAGACAAAACAGCACCAGCAACCCGAACAGCGCACGCGGAAACAAGGGGGACAACGAGAUGACUGGAGGAGCUAGCAGCGCGAAUCAAGCUUCGAAUCAAGCUUCGAUGAAGGAUACCUGGAGGUAUAGAUACAUGGCAUAAUGCUGGUCGGAACUAUCAAGAACAAUGCAUGAACUAGUUUUAAUAUUCGGCUUGGACUCUCUUCAAAGUAUCAUUAUCAUAGAGGACAGUGACGUUUUUGUUUUCGAUUUUUUUUUUCGUUUUCUUCGUAAAGCAAUUCCGAAUGAUAUAUAUCUAUCAAUCAGGUACGAAGACGCCCUCGCCUACAAGGGCAAGGGUUCUUCCGGCAUGAGCGCCAAUUUCACAAAUGCGACCGGGGCCGGUUAUUACGACGAUUAUGCGUCGUACGCGAGCUGGUACGGCAAGGGCGGCGGGUAUGGCAAAGGCGGGGGAUACGGCCGGUACGCCCCCUACGACAUGAAUCGGGUUCGAAGAGUAGGAUAAAGCAGUAUAACAUCGAUUUUUGGCAGGACGGAACUGCUGACAUUUCAAAAAGUGAGAGAGAGAGCUCGUCUCGCCGGCCUCAAAAGCGACACCGCAAGUUUGUCCGUUCCUUCACUUGCGCACGUCUGAAGGAAAAAGCGCUCUGAGAUAAAACUUGUGCUCAGUAAAACAGAUGACCGAGGAGAGGCACAACCUGUUUCCUGGUCUCGAGCGCGCGCUAUACACCCUUGUAAGUAUAAGUACCCAAUAAGUAUUGAAAUCAAGCGACAUCACGAUCCUUUUCAGCGAUCAGUUUUACUCGUCGACGACGGGAUAGGAUCAUUAAAAGGUACAGCGACUGAAUCUGAAUGUUUCUGUACUUAAAAAUGUACGGUAAGAACGGUUUGCUAUCCAAAUUUACUUCAUUUUGUUCGAGUCGAUAUUCGUAGACAGCACUCAUCUCAUCUUCAAAGAGCCGAAGCACAACAGGAACCAAAACGAUCAACACUGCAAACCAAG